UGUAUUUCACUAUAAAUAUGCUUAUGUUUAUUUUUAUUAGAAAAUGUAUUUAAUUGUUUUGAAGCUCAUCAAGGAUUUCAGAAGCUGUGAUAUAAGAAAUUGAAGGUAACUUUAACCCAUUUUGACAUCGGCUUCGAGUGGUUAUACUGGAAUAUAUUUAACAGUGAAUCUGGAAAAUGUUACGGAGUGUUAGGUGUGAAUAGUGAAGGUGCAGAAGGAUUGAUGACUGCAGGCAUUAAGCAGAUCUCCUGGGUGCUGAAGUUGAAUCUCUCAGCGACACAGACGAGCCUCAUCAAACUCUUGUUUGUGAGCUGAGAUCUACUCAUAUAUAUUUAUGCCCACGGAACGACUGACGUGACAAAACCAUCAGUAAAGAUGAGCCUGUGACUUGAUGAAGGAUUUUAAUCGACCUUAUGAAAGGAAAUACUGGAGGAAAAACUUUGUGGACAUGUUUUGAUGCAUGCAUCACGGGGCCCAUGUAAUAAUGGUGUCUGUCUCUCAUAACGGCUUCUAAAGGAGGACAAUGCGUCAUAUUCACCUCCCAUUCGGAGGUGCUUUAUGGCAGUUCUCCAGUUACCCCUGCUGCCCCGUCCUGAGGAGCAGACGCAGCCUCUCAACGCUGCCAUUCUACAGCAUUACACUAUGGAUUAUUCUCUGUGUGCUGACGUUUCCACGCUGUGUCCAGUGUCUCGUUUUCAAAGUAGGAAUCAUAGGCCCGUGGAACUGUGACCCUAAUUACGCAAAAUCGUUUCCUGCCAUUGCCUCCAGACUGGCUGUCGGUCGCAUCAACAAUGAUUUUAGCUUAGAUCUGGGCUGUACGAUGGACUUUGUCAUCCUUCAGGAGGCCUGUGAGACGUCCAAAGCCCUGACCUCAUUUGUACAGUAUGAAAACAUGGCCGAUGCAUUUGUAGGCCCCACUAAUCCAGGAUACUGCAAUGCAGCAGCACUAAUGAGCAAGAAUUGGGACAAGUCUCUAUUUUCGUGGGCAUGUGUUAACCAUGAGUUAGACCGGGCUCAGGGUUACCCUACAUUUGCUCGGACAUUACCGUCCCCAAUACGGGUGCUUUUCAAUGUUCUGAAGUUUUUCAGAUGGGCUAACAUUGGGAUAGUGUCUUCUAAUGAGGAUAUAUGGAUUGACACGGCGGCCAAAUUGGCGAGUGCUCUCAGAAACCGGGGCCUUCCUGUUGGCAUCGUCGCAUCCAUGGGGAAUAAUGACACCAUGCUUGAGAACACACUGAUGAGCAUCAAGAACGCAGGGGACAUCAAAGUCAUCAUUAUGUGCAUGCACUCAGUGCUCAUUGGCGGAGAGCAACAAGCCACUUUCCUGACGAAAGCCUAUGACAUGGGUCUGGCGAGUGGUCGAUAUGUGUUCAUACCAUACGACACGCUCCUAUACAGCCUGCCCUACAUCAACAACACAUACUUCCCUCUGCAGAACAACAGCAAACUGAGCAAAGCCUACGACGCCGUGCUUACCAUCACUCUAGACUCAGAUGUCAUGACAUUCAAUGAAGCCUUCAAUGCGGCCAAACAACUUGGCGAACUGAUGGUGACACAGGAGCCAGAGCAGGUCUCUCCGCUCUUUGGUACAAUCUUCAACAGUUUGUACCUCCUCGCCAAGUCCAUGCACAAUGCCAGAAGAGCCGGUCGCUGGUUCUCCGGGACCAAUCUGGCCUAUUUCACAAGGAACAUUACAUUCACUGGCUUCAACCAGGACAUCCAAACAGAUGAGCAGGGAAAUGGCCAAACCAACUAUGUGAUUCUGGACACUGAGGCCUGGGGAACUCAGCUGUAUCGCUGCUUUCUGGUAGACAUGACCUCAGAUUUGGUGCUGUUUGCUGGCAGGUUCAUUCAUUUCCCUGGAGAGUCGCCUCCUCCUUCAGACUCCAGCUGCUGGUUUGAGGACAAUGCCAUCUGCACUGGAGGUGUGGAUAUCAUAUACGUCAUCAUAGCAUUUGUGAUAGUUUUGAUUAUAGUUCUUGGUUCUAUUGGCCUAACUCUGUUCAUAAGGAGGCGGAUCCAGCAAAUCCAGCUCAUUAAAGGGCCCAACAGAAUACUGCUAACACUGGAGGACCUGACUUUUAUCAACCCACAGCUCAGCAAGAGAAAAAUCACCCUCGAGGAUCUUAGCGAUUCCAAAAGUUACAUAGAAGAGAAAAGCACAGGGGAUCGAUCGCGCUCUGUAAACAGUAUGGCAACGGCAACACAUGAAACAUCUAAUGUAGCUGUUUAUGAGGGUGACUGGGUUUGGCUGAAAAAGUUUACAGAGGGACAUUUCAAGGAAGUUAAGCAGAGCACCACUAAGAUUUUUACCAAGAUGAAGGACCUACGAAAUGAAAAUGUCAAUCCAUUUCUGGGGUUCUUCACCGACUGUGAGAUGUUUGCCAUUGUCACUGAGCACUGCUCUCGGGGGAGUCUGCAUGACCUCCUUCGCAAUGAUGAUGUCAAACUGGACUGGAUGUUUAAAUCCUCCUUGGUGCUGGAUCUCAUCAAGGGCAUGAAAUAUCUUCACCACAGGGAGUUUCCUCAUGGGCGUCUGAAGUCUCAUAAUUGUGUUGUAGAUGGACGUUUUGUCUUAAAGAUCACUGAUUAUGGCUACAAUGAGAUUCUUGAGACCCAGAAAGCACCAAAGGAGACACCACCACCAGAGGAUCUGUUCUGGACAGCCCCUGAACAUCUCAGAGAUCCUGAAAGUCCACGGAAAGGAACUUAUAAAGGAGAUGUAUACAGCUUUGCGAUUAUACUUCAAGAAGUUGUUGUUAGAGGAGCACCGUAUUGCAUGCUCGGCUUGUCUCCUGAAGAGAUAAUAAGAAAGGUUAAGAAACCUCCACCCAUGUGCCGACCCACUGUAGCUCCAGAUCAAGCUCCACUGGAGUGCAUCCAGUUGAUGAAGCAGUGCUGGAGUGAACAGCCUGACAGAAGGCCUCCUUUUGAUCAGAUUUUUGAUCAGUUCAAGCUCAUCAACAAAGGUAAAAAGACCAACAUUAUUGACUCCAUGUUACGCAUGCUGGAGCAGUACUCCUCCAAUCUGGAGGACCUGAUCAGAGAAAGAACAGAGGAGCUGGAGGUGGAGAAACAGAGGACGGAGAAGCUUCUUGCUGAGAUGCUUCCCCCCUCUGUGGCAGAAGCUCUGAAAACCGGUGCCUCCGUGGAGCCAGAGUACUUCGAUCAAGUCACCAUCUACUUCAGUGACAUCGUAGGCUUCACCACCAUCUCAUCCCUCAGUGAUCCAAUAGAAGUUGUAGACCUGCUCAAUGACCUCUACAGCCUAUUUGACGCUGUACUGGGCAGCCAUGAUGUCUACAAGGUCGAAACCAUUGGAGAUGCCUAUAUGGUGGCCUCUGGGCUGCCAAAGAAGAACGGCAACAAGCACGCAGCCGAGAUCGCCAACAUGUCGCUGAACAUUCUCAGCUCCGUGGGCUCCUUCAAAAUGCGGCACAUGCCUGAAGUUCCGGUCAGGAUACGGAUCGGCAUUCACUCAGGGCCGUGUGUUGCUGGAGUCGUGGGUCUAACUAUGCCUAGAUACUGCCUUUUUGGAGACACAGUCAACACCGCCUCUCGUAUGGAAUCUACAGGGUUGCCUUACAGAAUUCAUGUGAACAUUAGUACAGUGCAGAUUCUCCGCUCGCUGAAUGAUGGCUACAAAAUAGAUGUUCGAGGAAAGACUGAGCUGAAGGGGAAAGGCAUUGAAGAAACAUACUGGCUUGUUGGGAAAGCUAAUUUUACUAAGCCUUUGCCAAAUCCACCAGAGAUCAAACCAGGAGAUAACUGGCAAGACAUGAUGACGGAGGAGAUCAAGUCAUUAUUUCGCAAGGCCAACAGACCAGUGGACAAGCACAAAAUCUGAAAAAGAAAACACAAAGAAACACAAGGAAGGAAGUUAAAAUAAGGAAAGACACACGACAAGCUGCAUGGGAAAGACACAAAGGGCAACACAAGCAUGUGUGUUUCACUGCAGCUUACAAAGACUACUUUAAUAGGAUUGAUAGUCGUCUGUCUAAUCCGACUCUGUCCAGCGCAGCAGAAACAACAGCGCUAAUGAAAUGGCAGGUAGUCAGUGAAAGUGUAUUGCUUUCCCAAUGUUUAACGCUGUCAUACUUUCUCAGUUUUGGCCACAGAGUGGCUGUGUGUGCAUCCCAUACCAAAGGUGAGCUCAUGUUUGGGAUUUUUCCGAGUUUGCCACAUAUUUGUUACUCACGGUGGAGUUUCAUUGAUUUUCUUUGAUCUUCUCUAACCAAAAAACAAUGUAGUGGCUUAAUCAGAUUUGGCAAAGCUUAUUGGACAUCUGUUGCAAAGACCAAAUGUGAUAUUCUAGCCAUGUUUAAAUGCAAAAGCCAAAUUGCGAAAGGUUGGCUGAUAGCAAGCAAUUACAAAUGUAAGGCUGCUGUGUGUUGUCUCUGGACUGAUGAUAAUUAUGACGGUGUUUAUGCUGAGUAAGAAGAUGCUUAAGAGAAAUUACACAGUGGAAUGCAAUAAUUCUGUGAAUUCUGUUCAUGUAUGCAAACAUAUUUAUUUAUACUAUGCAGAAAACUUCAUAUUAGUUGCCAUACAUUUAGAAAACUGGAGCAUAGUUGACGUCUGACUGCUUUAAAAUGAUGGUAAAUCAGACUAAUCGGUUUAAUAAAGGGUCUUAUCUCUCUCCGAUGAAACACAUGUGCUUGUAAUGGAUAGAAAAGGAAAUGUUUAAGUUGCUGUGCAGUUUAAGUUGUAUUAAACAUGUAGGCUGGGUUUGUCUGAGAGGGGUUGACUGCCUUACACAAGCUGUUUCAAAUCACAAAUGGCAUUUUCUGUUCAUCUAAACUCUCAGGCACAGCCUGAGUGGUGUUUUUAAUGAUCAUUUUCUGACUUUUUUCUUCAUUUUCUGUUUGUCCAUGCUUUUGGCCAGUCAGAUCUCAACAGGCUGAUCUCUCUCUGUGAUAGUUUGCACUCCUAGCAUUUUACAUUGCAUGUUAAACAUGUAAAUAAGUACUGUACAAUAUAAAAAUACAUCCAGAGUCUAUAAUUGUUACAUUUUAAUAACAACUGUAUGGAUAGCUGCUAGUUUUCAAACGCUCAAUUUGAUGCUAACAAAAGAUACAUGUUCUGAUGCUGUGUACAUACAAUAACAUGCUAAG